AGAAAAUAUUAGGCGCCUAAUUGCAUUCCUCAAUGGUUUGUGUUUAUCUAUUUCGUUAGUUUUUUUUAGUUACCUGUGACACUCCUCAAGGCUGCAACGAAUCUUCCUAUGCUCGUUGAGUUGAAAAGUGGUGAAACUUAUAACGGCCACCUUGUCGCUUGCGAUGACUGGAUGAACAUUCAUCUUAAAGAAGUUAUUUGUACAUCUCGAGAUGGGGAUCGCUUCUGGAAAAUGCCGGAGUGUUAUAUUCGUGGGAGCAUAAUAAAAUACUUGCGGAUUCCAGACGACGUAAUCGAUAAGGUUAAAGAGGACUUGCAGCUGGCUAAAAUGCGUAAUCGUUCUCAGUCUGCAGACACUGGGCGUGGUGGUUUUCAUAGAAAUAAGGCUAGAGGUAAUAUAACUCAGUUUUCGUAUAGUUCUCGUUAGACAAUAUCCUAUAGUUUGUGCUUACGCCCAUGUAUUUUCAUUCAUAACUGUGAUCUUGUUAACCAGCAUCUCAGCUGAUAUUCGUGUUUUCUUCGGCGUGCUUCGUCUUUUUCUCAAAACAUUGUGCUUAUCACCUAUUUCCAUGAAUUAUUUAAAUAUCGUUAAUAUUGCAUUUUGAGACCUCAGAACUACUGGCAAUAUAUAUAUUUAUCCAAAGGGUAUUAAAUUGCAUAUUAGGGAGGUUUACUAUUAAAAUCGUUUUAAUAUGGUGCCACUAGGAGGCUUCACACAUUAGCAAAACAUGAUAGCACUAUCGGUGAGACUAUAAUGUACGGACAAAGCAAUCAGAUUUACGACAACAGGUUUUGAAUUUUGGCACAAAAUUCAUUCACUCAUUUAGCUAAAUAGAGUUUUAGCACUAUGGCUGACGUCACUUCGUGAUGGAAAUUGUAAAUCUAAUUCCUAACUAUCAACUGUAAAUAUUAGUCCUGAUUCCUAGCACUGGUUUAUAACCUUUAUUUAGCCUAAGUAUGUAGGUGGACAUUCUCAAGAUCUUUUCAGCGUUCAUCAAAGAUCGUCCAUAAAUUAUAGUCUCACCACACUAUCUUAUUUUCAAAGGUGUUUCCAUUUUAAUAAUUUUCUUUUCUUUACUACCUUAUAACUUUUUCAAAGUACUGAGUAAACGACCGCUUUUCGUGAGUGAUCGAAGCUUCCAGUAAUUACAAGCAUGGUCACAAAACCGUCUAGGUAGUGUUGCACUUUUGUAUUUACUGUCCUGAGCAUUAUCCGUAAUACUCCUGCGUCAAGUGUUCGUAAAACAUACAGACUUAGCCUAUCGUAAACAGCGUAUGGUUAAAAAAACGAGAAUACCAUAGUCCAAGCAAACGUGCUGCUCAUAAUGAGUCCAAAUAGAUAAACUUGUUUGUGAAGACACUAUUGGUCGUCAGUGGUUAUAGCGAACCCCCCGAAUGCCCUGGUACGGUCGAGAGUG